AUGGCGAGAGAAUUAUUUUGGGACGAGGCCAUCAAGAAUUCUCGUUGCCCUUUGUCUGAGCUUGAUCCCAGCGCCGAAUUCCAAUCUCCAUGUUCAGCCGUGGACGGAUCGGAAUGCCUGCUGCGGUGCAAAGAAGACUUUUUGCUUCAGGGGGAUCACGUCAUCAGGUGCAAUCGGACGAAAUGGAUUGGACGUGCCAGGUGCCUGGAACCCAUCUGUCCAUCUUUGCCAGACGCAUUCGAGACUGUGGGGAAGUGCUGGAGAGUUAAAGAUUAUAAAUGCAGUGUGAGGUGCAAAAAGGGUGCACUUGAGGGAGAGCGAACUGUCCAGUGUCUGCCAAGUGGAGAAUGGAACUCAAUACCGAAAUGCGUUGACAAUGAAAAAUGUCCAGUUUUUGUGUCUCCAGAUAUCUCUUUCGUGGCAAAUUGUUCUUUUACGCAUGAAAACAGAUGUCAAAUAAUGUGUAAUAAUGAUCUUGUGCUGGUAGGAACAAAUUUUGUUACUUGCCACUCAGGAACCUGGAGAGGAAUUCCUGACUGUGUUCCAAUAGAUUCCUCCCCGUAUAAAAAUUUCGGAAUUGACUGCAAAGAUGAGCCAGAAGUAUCAUCUACUCUGAAACUUUUAGGCCAAUGCCGAUAUGUAGCUGGAAUGUCUUGUCGCGUAGCUUGCCGUGAUCCUUUGGCCUUCAUGGAGGGUCCUAAUGCGACAACAUGCCUGACACCUGGGACUUGGAGCAGUACCAAAUAUUGUGUAGGUGCAAAUACGUAUUGUAUCGAUCCACGGCUUAGUCCGCAUUUAGAGCUAGCUGAAAAUUGCUCGGGCAUGACUUUGGGGUCUGAAUGUAGCGUAAAGUGCAAAAACCGACCUGAAAUAAAAUUUACCAUCAAAUGCUUAAGCAGUACAGUGUGGACAAUGCCAGGAACUUGUACCUGUCGGAAGCCAGAGGUAGGUUCAAAUUUAAAGACAAUUGGAGACUGUUCAAACGUAUCGAUCGGAGAAAAAUGUCAACUUGCUUGUGAAUCAGGUUUUGAAAUGGAAGGAAGUCGUUUUGUGAUUUGUCAAAACGACUCGCAAUGGAGCUCAAUGCCCAGCUGUAGAGAAGCUACCUGCUCGCCACCCAUUUUGCGAGAGCCUUUGACGUUUGCGGAAGAUUGCUCAUUGAAAUACCCCGGAAGCUUCUGUGAGGUAAAAUGUCCAGUAAAUGGUAGACUGGUAGGGGAAAAUACAAUCGAGUGCAUUAGUGGAAGUCGUUGGUCGGAACUUCCCAUUUGCGUGUGCGAUGAACCUUCCUUAGGGGAUGAUGUUGAAAUGAACACUAGCUGUGUCGCAAAAAAACCGGGAGAGAGAUGCUAUCUCAAGUGUAAGUCACACGCGGUUUUAGAAGGAGAAAACUACAUUGAAUGCAAAAUUGAUAUGGAAUGGACUGAUUUGCCUGCCUGUAAAAAACUCAUGUGUCAAAAACCCAACUUACCUCCGCCACUCGUUUUCGCCGAAAAUUGCAAUUCAAAGAUGCCAGGUGAUCAAUGCAAAGUGAAAUGCGCAGGAGAAGAAGAGAUCGUCGGAACGAAUAAACUGACAUGCGUGAAUGGAAAUCAGUGGUCUUCCUUCCCAACCUGUACAUGUCCCAAUCCCAACCUGCCUAGUGAUUUGACAACUGCUAACGACUGCAUACGGAAACGUCCCGGAGAUAAAUGCUUCCUCAAGUGUAGAGGCAGAUCUUCAUUUAUUGGAAAUGAUUUCAUUGUAUGCAUGAAUGAUUCGAGUUGGAGUCCGAUUCCCGAAUGUACGUUUUGCUCUGAACCAAAGCUUCCUGAUAAUAUGAAGUUUGAAGAAGACUGCUCUUCGAAAGUUAUUGGAGAUGACUGUAAAGUUGCUUGUAUCAAUAGGGGCAAACUAUUAGGUGCGGAUGUUGUAGUGUGUAUGAAUGUCUCAGCUUGGAGUGAGUUCCCCACGUGCUCGUGUCCCAAUCCAGAGUUUAAUGAAAAUAUUGUUCCCGACAGUGAUUGUUCUGGUGUCCCGCCAGGAAAGUUUUGCCUUUUGAGAUGCAGGAAUAAUUUAACGAUCGUUGGAAAUAAAAGCAUUGAAUGUCUCCCUUCUUUGAAAUGGACUCUUCAACCAAAGUGCGAGCCUAAAAUCUGCUCAAUACCUAUGCUCACAGAAGGUUUGAUGUUUACGGAGAACUGUUCUUCAAAAUUAGAGGGACAGAACUGCCAACUGCGCUGCAAAUAUGGAGGGAAAUUACUGCAUAGGAAUUACAUCACAUGCAUAAACGAAACGUUUUGGAGUCCUCUUCCUUCAUGCACCUGCCCGCCUUUUCAAGAUCAAAAUUUAAUGACAUUAGGAGACUGUUCUGUGAAGCACGCCGGAGAAACAUGCAAUUUAUCUUGCGAAGAAGGAAAAAUUCUUACCGGAAAUUCCAUGGUAUCAUGCCAAAGUAACGGCACUUGGGAUUACCAACCUUCUUGUAGAACAGCAAUCUGCAUGACGCCUAAGCUAGAGGGUACACCCCUACACUUUAAGGAAAAUUGUUCUUUCAAAUCUCCAAGAGAAAGCUGCAAACUUGGUUGUAAUAACGAUGGUGUUGUGAUUGGGACAAAUUCCAUCGAGUGCAUUAAUGAAAGGGAAUGGAGUGCUUUGCCUCUAUGUGCAUGCAAUGAACCGAAACUAGAAAAUACCACCAAAACCAGAGUUAAUUGUAAUGGAACAACUCCUGGGACUGCUUGUCAAUUGGAAUGCACAAAGAAGGGUACUGAAUUCAAAAGUAAAGACUUUAUAGUUUGUCAGAACAAUAUCACGUGGGAUGAUGCUCCAGUUUGCGAGAACAUUAUUUGUCCCGAUCCCAUAUUACCUGAAAUAUUAGUUUUCGAACAGGAUUGCACUAACAGAGUUGCAAAUGAUAAAUGUACCGUGAAAUGCAAAGAGGGUGGAAAGAUGCUUGGAGAAAGUAUUAUUCAAUGUAUUGAAGGCGUUAGUUGGACAUUAGCUCCUGACUGCUCUUGCCCUGAACCUGAGUUGAAACCGGGAUUAGAGUUCAAAAACAACUGUAGCCAAAAAAGGCGGACCGAAACGUGCACUUUGGGGUGUAAAGGGGGAUUACAGCUGCUUGGUACCACUUAUUUGACGUGUCUGAACAAUACCAAGUGGUCACCACAACCGGACUGUCAAAGAAUAUCCUGCCCAAAUCCAUCUCUUCCAGCAUUUCUUGCAUUUAAUGGCUCUUGUGUAUCAGAUGCCACUGGCGAUAUGUGCCGUUUGAAAUGUAAAAACGGAGGAAAAUUGGUGGGUAAUGAUUUUAUGAGCGGAAACGCAUUUAUUACUUGCAACGACAAUACAGAAUGGAGUCCUCUGCCUUCAUGCGCAAAAAUAAUGUGUCCAAAACCUUUUCUUUCGGAUGAACUGCUGGAAUUUCAGGAAAACUGUAAAUUCAUUGGUGAGACAUGUAGGCUAAAGUGUAAGAAAGGUGGGAAAAUUAUAGGAAAUGCAACCAUUAUUUGUGGGAAGAAUACUUCAUGGACAGGUUUUCCAGAUUGUUCAUGUCCCGCACCAGGUUUGGGAGCUUAUCAAAAAGCAAAGGGGGAUUGCAGUGAAACGCUUCCUGGGGGUGUCUGCAGAUUGGAAUGCAUAAAAACGGGUACUGAAUUCAAAGGUAAAGACUUUAUAGUCUGUCAGAACAAUACCAUGUGGGAAGAUGCUCCCUCUUGUGAGAAUAUUAUUUGCCCCGAUCCUGUAUUACCUGAAAUAUUGAUUUUCGAACAGGAUUGCACUAACAAAGUUGCAAAUGAUAAAUGUACCGUGAAGUGCAAAGAGGGUGGAAAGAUAUUUGGAAAAAGUUUUAUUCAAUGUAUUGAAGGCGUUAGUUGGACUUCAGCUCCUGACUGCUCUUGCCCUGAACCUGAGUUGAAACAGGGAUUAGAGUUCAAAAACAACUGUAGCCAGAAAAGACGGAAUGAAACGUGCACUUUAGGGUGUAAAGUGGGAUUGCAAAUCCUUGGUAAGAAGUUUUUGACAUGCCAGAACAAUACCAAGUGGUCACCACAACCGGAUUGUCAAAGAAUAUCCUGUCCCAAUCCAUCUCUUCCAACAUUUCUUGCAUUGAAUGGCUCUUGUGUGUCAGAUGCGAAUGGCGAUAUGUGCCGGUUGAAAUGUCAAAAUGGAGGAAAAUUGCUGGGUAAUGACUUUAUGAGGUGCACAGACGGUAGAAAUUGGAGCGAGAAGCCUGUAUGCACCUGUCCGAGACCAGCAGCCCGACAAAACGUGGAAAUAAGAGAGCGUUGUGACCAAAAGAAACCGGGAGAUCAAUGCAGAGUAGGUUGUAAGCCGAAAUUUCAGAUUGAGGGUCCAAAUUUCAUUAAGUGCCAAAGUAAUGGGCAGUGGAACCAACUUCCACAAUGCAAAAGAACAGAGUGUAUAGCACCGAACGUGUCAACAGUCUUGGAAACAAAUGAAAACUGCUCUAAUAAGAAAAUUAACGAAUCAUGUCAUUUGAAAUGCAAAAAAGGAGGUAGCAUAUUAGGCGCGGCGUCCGUUAAAUGCUUGAACUCGGGUAGGUGGAGUAGAUUCCCAAAGUGUUCAUGUCCGGUUCCACAACUAAGCGAACUUUUAGAGGCAAAGGAAAACUGCAGCUUAAAAGAGCCAAAGCAGAAAUGCGAAAUACAAUGCAAGCAAAAUUAUCGUCUAAGCGGAAAUGCAUUUAUUACUUGCAACAACAAUACAGAAUGGAGUCCUCUUCCGGCAUGUAUGAAAAUAGUCUGUGCAAAACCGUCUCUUUCAGAUGUACUACUGGAAUUUAAGGAAAAUUGUGCUGUUAAGUAUGCCGGAGACUCUUCCCAAUUGAAAUGCAAGUCAAAUAGCUCGCUGAUUGGCUCCGGUGACAUUAAGUGCUUGCCAAAUUCUACAUGGACUGAAAUGCCCAAAUGUGGAUGUCCGAAAUUGAUUCCCCGCGGAGAGCUAGAGACAGCAGAAAAUUGCACUGAGAAGAGAAAAGGGGAAACUUGCUUACUAAAAUGCAAGAAAAAUUUCGAGCUCACUUCGAGAAAAAAUCGCAUUUCAUGUUUGGAUAAUGCUCAGUGGGAAUCUCUGCCAACGUGCAGGAAAAAAAUCUGCUCUUCUUCUGCAUUGUCUUCUGAAAUACUUGAUUUUAUUGGGUGUGCUUCAAAAGGUAUUGGAGAAACGUGUGAAGUAAAAUGCAAAAAACGUGGGGAAAUGAUAGGCAGUAAUAAAAUUACAUGCAUCAAUGAGACUUCCUGGACUUCUUUUCCCGAUUGUAAGUGCCCCGUACCUGCUUUAGGAAAUAAAUUAAGAGCGACAGAGGACUGCAAAUCAAAGAAACGAGGAGAAAAAUGUACACUAACGUGCGAAGAAGACUAUCAAUUAGAAGGUAGAAGUUUUAUUAUUUGCAAAAAUGACACCGCUUGGGAUACUCCCCCUAGCUGCAAAUUGAAAAAAAUGUCCAAAUCCCGAUUUGAGAGGCAGUGUAUUUGA